GUGUGGUUGUGCACUGCGUGAUUACACAGGCGCGUGCAUGUGUGCCCUGGUCACAGCUCCUUCCAGCAUGGCCCGAGUCAAGUCCAGCGAUCACAUUCACAGUCUGCCUACAGUGAACCUCAGCUCGAUCAUUGGUUGCCGUCAAUUCCACCACAGCUCAGUCCUCCACUUCAACCCUCUGCUGUGGACACGGCUGGCAGCCCUGGCUUUCUCCUGUGUGGCAUUCUCCGUGGCUGUGCAUGGUGCCAGGACCAUCCCCAUCAGCGGAGACUGGUGCAUCUUCUGCUGGGCCUUCAGCUUUGCCGGCACUCUGCUCGUGAUUCUGGUGGAGCUCUUCGGUCUGCAGAUGAAAGUCCCUGUUUCCUGGAAGAACUUCCCUAUCACCUUUGCCUGCUACGCUGCCCUACUCUGUUUGUCCGCCUCUAUCAUCUUCCCACUCUACUUCCUCAAACAUUCCACAGGCCCCAGUUCGAUCCGCGACUACCGCAUUGUGGCAGCCGUCUUCUCCUGCUUGGCUACCGUUGCUUACAUAAGUGAGGUGAGCAUCAGCAAGGCACGUCCGGGCGAGGUGGUCGGCUACAUGGCCACAGGACCUGGACUGUUGAAAGUCUGUGAGACCUUCGUGGCCUGCAUCAUCUUCGUCUUUGUGACUGAUCCUGUGUUGUACGACCGUCACGAUGCACCAAAGUACUGCAUGGCUGUCUACUGCAUCUGCUUCAUCCUGUCAGCAGCCAUCAUCCUGCUCUGUAUAGGCGAGUGUACUGGGUGCUUGCCUUUCCCAUUCCCCCGGUUCCUGUCAGCCUACGCCAUGCUGGCCGUGGUCCUCUACCUGUCAGCAACCAUCAUCUGGCCUAUCUUCAACUUUGACCCCAAGCAUGGUGGGAAUAGAGAUAGGCCAUACAGCUGCAGCACAGAAUCAGGCUUGUGUUCGUGGGAUAAGCGUAUGGCAGUGGCUCUACUCACUGCUGUCAACUUCAUCCUCUACCUGGCAGACCUGAUCUACUCCACCCGCCUGGUAUUUGUCAAUGCUUGAGAAACAGGAAGUCAGGCUAGCACAAUACUUCAAAUAAAAUUGAAUUUGGUAACUUUGUCAAAGGCUUUGGAACUGCUGUCACUGUUACUGCUGCAAGCAAAUGGUGGCAUACUCAGUCUAGCACUCUGGUCACUUUAAUGGUAGAGGGCUAGAGGACAAGCCGUGAUAGGAGGCUAAAGAGCAAACUUUAGCAUGAUAGCACAGCUGAGACAAAUCUUGUGUGACUCAAUUUGUUGUUUGAAAUUUGCCCUGAAAAUGAUAUGAUUUGCCUUUUGCUAGAACCAGACAGAAGGAGAAAAGCAUGCCCUAUGGCCCAAGGUAACUGUGCAGUGGUAAAUAUGGAAAUGCAUUUGAAAAAAACAUAAAAGAGAGUGUGCUCAAGCCAUGAAUGAAGCUUUUCAUAGGCAGAGAUUGACAUAUUCAGAUGGUCAAAACACAAAUCUUGCGCUCUUUUUGGCACGAAACGUUAAAAAUUAGCCCUGAAACCUUGCCAGAUUUAAUUUUAUGUGAAGUAUACUGCAUGACUGAAUUUCUUAGAGAGGAAGAGAGAGAGAGAGGGAGAGAGAGAUGGGAGGAGUUGGAGGCAAGUUAGUGGUUGUGUCUACACAUACAACAAUAUGGCUUUCUGUUUAUGUGUUGUGGCAUGUAAAUGGCAAAUAUUUGCUUCCAGUCACCCAAAUAGACUCUUAUCUUUUAUAUAGAGACCUGAAUGUGAUUGCUGGAAUCUGCUGAUAUUACUCAAAGUUUUUAAUCAGUUCCCAUUUUAAUACA